AUGUCAUCCACUCGAAUAUCAAUCACACUCACCUCUCCCUCUAGUGACUUGCUCAAACCAGUCAUAUCUGUCCUAGAAAGACAUAGUGGCUCAGAGUACUACGUCUACGAACGCAAAGACUGCUGGCAUAUUGGUCUCGGAUCCUACAGAUCAUUGAUAAUCGACUCCAGCGGAUCGAACAUAACAAUCUCAGUAGCUGGAGAACCGAGCCAUCACUGCCCAUAUACGGACACGUUGGGUUCCAACUAUGCAGCCCAUAUUCGGGGCCUGGAAUACACACCCGGCAAAUGGCCCUUACUAGCAUUGAUGAUACCUCGCAUGGAAGUACUCAUCGACCCAGAUAACAUUACAAUCACCGGGGAUGACACCAAGGAGGUCCUGGAACUAUGCGCUCUGCUGAAAGAGACAUGUCGAUGUCGCAACGCACCACUUCCCGGCGCUCAUGAUAUUCCACACGUUGACGUAAAUGAGAAUUCCAGCCAAUACAAAAUCCUAGUGGAGAAAGCUCUAUCACAAAUCCAGCAGAACCACUACUCCAAGAUAAUCUUAUCUCGACCCGUCAACCUUCAACACCGAGUGGACAUGCCAUCAACACUCCACUGUGGUCGUCAAUCCAACACACCCUCUCGCAGCUUCUCCCUCCGCCAUGGCAACUACCAAGCCACUGGAUUCAGCCCCGAACUAGUCAUGUCUCUGGACAAAGGGGUAGUAACCACCGAGCCUCUAGCGGGUACACGCUCCUGCAAAGGCACAGAAGCCGAAAUCCAAAGACUCCGACAUGAACUAGAAAACGACAGCAAAGAGAUAGUCGAGCACGUCAUCUCCGUCAAAGAAGCCGUGCACGAAAUUAGCCAGCUCUCCGACAAGCCUAUGGUGGAGGACUUCAUGUCAGUACGGGUACGAGGCAGCGUACAACACCUCGGUUCUCGGGUCUGCGGACGUCUCUCCCCAGAUAAAGAUAUGUGGGAUGCGUUCAAUGUUCUUUUCCCAUCGAUUACUGCGUCGGGUAUUCCGAAAAAGGCUGCGAUUGAUGCUAUUUCUCGUCUUGAGUCGCAGCCUAGAGAGCUCUAUUCGGGCGCUAUUUUGAUGAUCGAGGAUGAGAAUACCAUGGAAGCUGCGCUUGUGCUUCGCUCUGUUUUCCAGGAUCGUGAUCGUCAGUGGAUCCAGGCUGGUGCUGGCGUUAUCGCGGAAUCGGACCCUUCCAGGGAGUUGACUGAGACUUGUGAGAAACUUGCCAGUAUUGCGCCUUUUGUUGUGAGGGAGGCGAAGGGAUUGGAGGAUAGGAUUAAUGGGUAUCAUUGA